CUCCUCGAUUCCCAAUACUACCUCACUGCUGCUGUGAGCGGAGUAAUUCAGAGAGAGAGAGAGAUGAAGACUGAAGCAAAACGCUUCGCCAUCGAGAUCGAAGACGACGACGAGUUCCUUUCUCAGGUAGCGGCGGCCGAGGCCGAAGCGCUCGCCUACAAGCGCCGUCGCAUCAGCACCGUGCCCGCACAAAACGCCGCCGUUUCCUUCAGUUCCCACGCGAAUAAAAAAUUAGGAGCGGACCACGACGACGGCGGCCUCUACACCGCUGCUCUCAAGGGAAGUAAUCGAGCACUCCCUGACACUCCCCGCGGUGGAUUAUCCAGAGGGAGGGUCAAUGUCGGGGCGGGGAACGACGGCGUCUCCGCUGGUGGUGAUACGUGCUUCAAGUGCGGGAAGCCGGGGCAUUGGGCCCGCGAUUGUGAUGCCCCCAGCGGAGGAGGAGGCGGUGGUGGGUAUUAUGGUAAUUUUGGUGGCGGCGACUCUUCGAUUUCUGUUCCGGAGAAAAAUUGCCCUUGUGGGUAUGGAGCCUGCCUGGUCCUCACUGCAAAUACUGAGAAGAAUCCGGGUCGAAGGUUUUACAAAUGCCCUCUGAGACAGGAAAAUGGAGGCUGUAGUUUCUUUGAGUGGUGUGACAAUGCUGCUUCUGGGCCAAAUGCUACGGCUACUACUGGUAGCGCUACUAGAAGCCAUAGCUAUGCUGCAUCUGAUUCUUCGUUUCCAGCUCUAGAAUGUCCCUGCGGUGGCGGUGUCUGCUUAAUCUUAACUGCCAAAACAGGCAAAAAUAUCGGCAGCCAAUUCUACCGUUGUCCUGCGAAGGAGGGAAGCUCUUGUGGGUUCUUCAAGUGGUGCAAUGAGCAUACUGCGGCAGCUGCUGGUGUUCCUGGUCGUGGUGCAAAGGUGCAAUAUGGUUUGAGCGAGGCAAACAACAAGGGGUAUGUUGUAACUACUGGUUCUUCCUGCUUUAAGUGUGGAAAGGAAGGGCAUUGGGCAAGAGAUUGCCCAACAGUUCCUUCGUAUAAUGCUGCUCCAGCCGAAAUGGGAGCACGGUCUGCUUCAGGGGGCUCUUGCUAUAAGUGCGGCAAGCCAGGGCACUGGGCGCGCGACUGCCCUUCAGGUUAAGGUGCAAUGUACUUCUGAAACACCACCAUUUGCUGGAGUUUACUGUUUGUGUUGAAAGUUUGCAGGACUGGUUGUUUCUUGAUGUGAUAAUUUAAGAAAGGAUUAAUCCAAUCAUGGUAAGCCUGUGUAUAGUUUUGAGAAGUUUGUGGAACGAGUGUUUAGAAAUUGAGGACAUGUUGUUUGCCCAUCGUUUCGUUUCGCAAUUGAAAUUACUUAGUUUGAUUUCC